AUGUCAGAAGAUAAUUCACACGUAGCUGAAUUCAUAUCAAUUACCAAUGCCUCGAAAAGUUUAGCUGAACAGUACUUGCAAAGGAACGACAAUGAUUUAGUUGAAGCAAUUGAGGACUACUAUGCCAAUUCUGAACAAGUGCCACAGCAUCCUCCCGAGCAACACGAGCCACCUUUUCUCCCACAAGGAUCCAGCUCAGCAAGUAGCCGUUCUGGAGCUACUUCCAAAAAGAGAAAGGCACAAGGCGGCAUUAAAACAUUCCGGGAUUUGAACAACGAAGAUGAUGAACUGGAAGACGACAGCACCAGUAACAAUUUCUUUACUGGUGGUGAAAAAUCAGCAUUACAGGUAGAAGACCCCAACAAGGAUAGAAAUAAUGGAGAUCAAAAUUUGAUUGAACAGAUUUUCCAAAGAGCCAGGGAACAAAUGAAUACUCCCGAUGAUCGUCCAAGUGCCCAACAGCAGCAGCAGCAGCAGCAACAAUCAUCAUCACAAGCAGCAGCACACUUUUCUGGAACCGGAUUCAAAUUGGGGGAUGGAACUGUACCAAGCGAACAGAUUGAGGACCCACAUGCACAGGCAAGAGAGUUGUUGAAUCGAUUCCGUCCUAAAAAAGUUAAUCGCGAAAUCACCUUUUGGAGGCAAGGUUUUACGGUUGGCGAUAGUGAGUUGUACAGCUACGACGAUGAAAGGAACAAGAGGAUAUUGAGUGAAAUUGAGCAAGGAAGGGUUCCCAUUACCAUUUUGCAAGUGGACCCUGGUGAUGAUGUUGACGUGACAGUUUCGAAAAGGACCGACGAAGAUUAUAGACCUCCCAAGAGGAAAGUUGGAGGGUAUCACGGAUCAGGGCAUAGGCUUGGGUCUCCUGUACCUGGUGAGCCAAUUGUUACUGAGACGAAGGCGGACUCCGAAAAGGAGGCAAAACCAGUAGACGCCCAACCGAAAUCCGCCGAUGAAGGGGAAGGUGAUACGGCUAUUCAAAUAAGGUUUGCCAAUGGGAAGAGAGCCUCACAUAAGUUUAAUUCGGAUGAUUCAGUUUCCGUGGUUUAUGAUUACGUGAGAGGCCAUGAAUACAAUGCUGACAAUAGAGGUAGAAAUUUCGCGUUGAGUCAUGCAUUCCCGGUUAAGCCCAUUGAAGAGAGUAGUGAGGUAUCUAUUGGUGACGCAAAGUUGAAGAAUUCUGUCAUUUUGCGACCGAGACACUACCACAAAACUCUGUACAAUGUUGGGUUUAUGAAAAAUCUUUCAGUCGGGUCUAAGGUAUUUGAAGACGGAGUGCUGACUCUGGGAGAGAGGAUAAAUCAACACGUAUAUGACAUUGCUAGCGAGCACUAUCGUCGGCUAGGUCAUUUUAGCGAAAGUGGUGUCUCGAGUAAUGGAUAUCUUUUACCAGAACCGGCACCUGCCACUGCACCUCCAAUGACUCCACCAAUGGAUUUCCAAAAUAUAGUCAGGUCUAACAAGUACAAUGUUCCACAAAUGGGGUCGUUUGUUGAGUUUCGAAAACAAAACCAGAUGAAAGUGGGAGUGGUUUUACAAGAUUCACAGGCCAGGUUCGACGAGAGGUUAAAUCACCUUAUAGUGCUAACUCAUGAUAAUGAGAUACUUCAAGUCAAGCCUCUACAAGUCAAGUUUCAUUUGUAUAAAUUCAUCCCUGAUGGAUGGGUAGACUAUACAAAGAUAUUAACUGAGCGUCACAACCCGUCUCAGCCAGAUCGUCACAGAGUUGUUUCACUCAUUAACAAGUUCUUGUUUGACACAGUCCACUGCAAGAGAAGAAUAUCGUCUCGCAUGGAUACAGUGUUUAGCCAACUUACACAAGAUAGAAUUAGACCUGUUUCGUUAUUGGAGAUUGUGGACCUUAUGGAAUACCAAGAGUCGGACGUGGCGAGAAUCAACGCAUCGCUAUAUUUUCAAUUGGUUUUACUUUACGCGAUUCAUGCAAACAUGCUUAGCUCUUGUCAAUGGGUGGUUCCUAGCUACGUUGGUGACUCACCUACGAAUAUUUUUUUGUGGGAACAUUCAAAUAAUUAUCAUUCGGCAUCACAAUAUUUCGUCAAUGCACAAGAUGCUUGGCUAAGCAUUUAUCGAUUUAGUCAAAGGGUCUCAAGUGGGGAUCAGAUACAAGAUGCAAACGCGUUUUUGAAAAAGUUGAAGGGUGUAUCUAAAGAGGAAAUGAAGACAUAUUUGAAUGUCUUUGAGGGAAGGCAUUUUGUGGAGAUUCUCAUGGCAAUGAAAUUUGCUGUAGUCUAUCCCCACAGCGAUAUCAUGAAAGAUCUUGCUAAGCUAGAUGUAUUUGGCAGCAAGCCUUCGUCAUCCGACAUACAUCGUCUCCUUGUUGACUUGAAAGUCUAUGAUGACACCACUACAAUAUCUGACGUUUUCUUGUCACUGGGAUUAUUUGGAACUUCAAGAGAUUUGAGUGUGACUUCUGUGGACCAGCUAAACUCCAAGGUACCAGUAUCCUUCAACAUAAGGGACAAUUUCAAACAUUUGAGGUCACGAAGAAACUAUUACCAGGACCAUGUCAUUUAUGGGCUAUUAGAUGAAGGAGAGAACGCUGCUAGUUUUGGAAUAUCCCUUGAGUCUUUGAAUUCCAGAAAGCACUUGAUCAAUGUACAUAUUCCUGAUUUGAUCACUCAUAUUUCACCGGAAAGCAAUACUUUUAAGUCGAUUUUCGGGAAUGGGUGUCUUGCUGAGACUUUGACACAUCUAUGCAAUAAUGAGAACUGGCAUAAUUUGUAUCUGAGGAAAGUUUUGCGAGAUAGGAAAUUUCACAACUAUAACAAUUUUAGUGAAAGUGAAGAGAUAUGGAGUGACGCCAUUGAUAUGGAACGAGGCACCAAUAAGAAAAGACGAGGAAUUUCGAAAUCCACUUGUCUAACUAUCUCCUUUGAGUACAACUCCUUUGAAUCAAACCCAUUCGAAAAACUCGAUGGUAAAGUGUCAGUUAGUUUUGAUUCCAUCUCCAAUGUGAAUAUCAAAAAUGUUAGCAAGACAACGUUGCAAAAAUGUCUCACCGGACAGUUGGAGCCUUCGUUCUUCAAGUUGCUUCGGCGCAAACAACGCAUAGAGCCUAAUGAUAAGGGUCAAGAAACUUCAUUAAACAAGACGGACAUCCACAAUAUCAACUACAUUAGCGGUGUUUUACGUACCUUCCAAAAGGUCAGGGAGCUCGAUGGUGCUGCAAUAUCCCUGAGAGGUUCCUUGUUUGAUGGCGUUAUCAUGAAAACUGAAAAAUGCGAAGAUGCUAAUAGCUUGAAAAUUGACAUUUCCAAAUCGCAACUGUCUGGUGCAACUACGCAAGCUGAUUUUCUACACAAAGAGGCUAGAAUAUUAUCUGGUUUUUUAGCUUCGGCAUUCUCAAAUCAAACUCAGAUUCCACUUCUAACUCGUUCACAAGAGCUUAACAACAAUGAUUUUGAAAGUGACAGCGUGCUCGUGCAACACGAAAAUAUCAUGAUUCCUGUUUAUGAAUCUCAAAAAUACGCUCAUAGUAUCAUGGCCAAAGAUGAAACAGGGUGCAUUUCGCCAAAUGCAAGACUCAUUUCACAGAAUUAUCUUGCACCAAAAUAUGCAACGACUGAACAUGAGCGAAAUGUACCUUUAGGUUUACCUAUGGGAUACGCAGAAGUACUUAACAUUUUCCACUCAGGCGAAGCUCUCCUUAACCAAUUUCAGCUCCUUUCGUAUGCCCAGAACGACUUCCAAAGAACACUAUUGACAAGAUACGAAUACCUUGAUUUUGUUGAAAAGUUCAACCAUUUAAAGAGCCUUGGGUACAAUAUGAAUGGCCCUUUACCCGAUCGCAAGCUCAAUGUGUUAAUGAAUGCUGCAGAUUUCAGCGACUUCAAAACAGUUUGGCAGUAUCGUAUGCACAAAUUUUGGGUCCUCAUGUGGCUUCGACAGAAGCAAGCUGAAAAUGAUUUGCCAGAUGAGGGUAGAUUUGAGUGUAUCACCACUAAUGUUGAAAUUUUGGACGCUUACAAAGUAUGCAAAGUUUAUUGCUUGGAGCUAGGAAUUGAGGUUGAUGCUCUAUGUCAACCUGAUCAAGCGAUCACCGUUGGCACCACGUUGGUCUGCGAUGACAUCUUGUACUUGGAUGCGAUAGGAGGAUUUUGCAUGUUGGCCAACAUAAAUGACAAGGACAGAUUGCCCUCGUUUCUUUUUGAGUCGUCCGUUCAUGGAGAUACUGUCGAUCGUUAUUCAUUCAUUGGAAUCAACCCAUCGAAAGUGAUAAGAACAGGCGAUGAUCCUAGUAAAUUUAGUUCUGAAUUUUGCGAUGUAGAUCCAAUAACGGUGCUACAAGAGGAAUUAUCACAUUACAAACAGGCAUCAUUACCUGGUCUACCCAAAUUUAGCGGAGGCGCGACUGGAUACAUCUCGUAUGAUUGCAUCAAGUACUUUGAACCUAAAACGAAACGACCAUUGAAGGAUGUACUUGAAUUACCAGAAGCUGUGUUGAUGUUUUGUGACUUGGUGGUGGCAUUUGACCACGUAUACCAAAGAUUCCAGAUCAUAUACAACAUCAAAGUAGAUCAAUCUCACGAUUUGGAAGAAGAAUACAAGAAGGGUGUAUCAAAAAUUGGCGAGAUUGAAAAACUCUUGUUGAGAGAUGUAUCGAAUGAGGAGAUUUUCCCACAUCAGGGACCAAUAAAGUUGAAUCAAGAUUUCACUUCCAACAUUGGCCAGGAAGGAUAUGAAAAGCAUGUUUCAAAUUUGAAGGCACAUAUAUUGAAGGGAGAUAUCAUCCAAGCAGUCCCUUCCCAAAGAAUUGCUCGUCCUACUGAGUUACACCCUUUCAACAUCUACAGACAUUUAAGAACGGUUAACCCAUCGCCUUACUUGUUCUACAUUGAUUUGAUUGAUUUUCAGAUAAUUGGAGCUUCUCCAGAAUUGUUGGUGCAAUCCGAUGUCAAUGGAAGGGUGGUUACUCAUCCUAUUGCCGGAACUAUCAAAAGAGGCAAAACAAAUGAAGAGGAUGAAAAGAAUGCUGAAAUAUUGAGGUCCAGUUUAAAAGACAGAGCCGAGCACAUUAUGCUUGUAGACCUAGCACGUAAUGAUGUGAACCGGGUUUGCAAACCUGAAACCACAAAGGUGGAUAAAUUGUUGACCAUUCAGCGAUUCUCACACGUGAUGCAUUUGGUUUCUGAAGUUAGUGGUACAUUGCGUGAAGAACAAACCAGAUUUGAUGCAUUCAGAUCAAUAUUUCCAGCCGGGACUACCAGUGGAGCACCCAAAGUGAAGGCUAUGGAACUCAUCGCUGAAUUGGAGAAGGAGAAAAGGGGUGUUUAUGCUGGUGCAGUGGGACACUGGGGCUAUGACGGAAAGACAAUGGACACCUGUAUCGCCUUGCGAACAAUGGUGUUCAAGGAUGGUGUGGCGUACUUACAAGCGGGUGGAGGAAUUGUUUUUGACAGUGAUGAGUACGAAGAGUACAUGGAGACAAUGAACAAGAUGAGAGCAAACAACAACACCAUUGUGGAAGCGGAGAUGAUCUGGGCUGACAAAGUUGGGACAGUAGAGUAA